AAUUAACAGAGCAAGGGAGAGAAGGUAGCAUUUAUUAGCAAACACAGAAAUAAAAAGGGACUGCACUGCUAAAACAGGAGAUUAAAAAUCCAGUCUAAAGUUUUAAUGAUGGCCAGUCCUCAGAUACCGCUUAAUGAUCUGGGACAUGGCUGCACCAUUGUCACUCAAGUUGUUCCCUCAACAACUGUUUCAGUUGUAGCAGAACAAAAUUUAUCUCAGAUUCAAAGUCCACUGAAGAAAUUCCUGAAAGGAGAACCCAAAGCACUGGGCGUUGUCCAAAUAAUGAUUGCUUUGUUGACGAUAUUGUUUGGUAUCGUGAUGAUGUUCCCUGCUCAGACUGCCAGCGUGUUCUCUGGAGUUGUUUUCUGGGGCUCACUGAUUCACAUCAGCGCUGGGUCUCUGGCUGUUUCAGCGAGCAACAAGCUUAAUGUCUGUAAGGUAAAAGCCGCUCUGGUGCUAAAUAUCUUCAGCACAAUAGCUGCAGGAAUCACCGUCAUCAUGCUUUCUAUGGAUUUGCUGCAUGGCCCGGUGUAUAACUGCUAUUACAAUGACUAUUAUUACGGUUAUGGAUGCAGAUAUAACUACAUUGCAGCGAGUUUUUCCAAUGGAAUUACUGGUGUUUUGCUGCUUUUCUCUCUGCUCCAGUUUGCCGUUUCCAUUACAGUUUCAGCCUUCACCUGCAAAGCCACCUGCACCGAUCAACCUACUCUGAACAUUAUCAAUGUGGUUCAGAACCCGGCAAGUGGUGUUCCUGUGGUCAUUUCCAACCCAGCUUAUCAUGCACAACCGGGUGUGCAUACAAUAAAUGAUAUGCCCAGGAGCAGUUCACCUCCAGUCUAUUAUGGGAACAUCAAUGGAACUUUGGAUAAUUCAAAGCUUGAAGGCUAAUGGUAACAGUUAGUGGUUUCACAGUUGGAGCUAGAGAAUAAUGGAAGAUUGUAACAAGAAUGAUAUAAGAAUGAUAUAUACAAAGGCCUGGUUCUGGAAAAAAAAAAAUGGCUGUCACAGAAAAUGCUCUGAACAAGAUGGCCACUAAAUUGGAAGUAUAGAUCAUAACGGGAAGUUGAAAAAAAACAGAUACAUUUAAUCCAAAAUAUUACGUUGUGUUUAGUUUUGUGAAGCUAUUUAUUACCAUACUCUUACAUUUUUGUUUAUUUCAAAAUUAUGACUUGAAUGUACUAGCCAGUGUACAACUGUGCAAAAGAAAUGUGCUAAAUAAAAGCUUUCAAUUUGAUUGUACAUCUAACAUCUAAUCUAAUUUAAUCUAUAGUCUUAUCCUAAUUUCAUAUGAUUAAAGACAUUUUUGUCAGUUUUUAUGUUUUUAUAUAGUUUUUUUGUAUUGCAACACUUAUACUUAUUUUGUUCAUUAAAAAUAACCAAUAAUAUUGAUCACUUUGUAAUGAAGUGUCAAAGACAGAUAUUUUUUUAAUAUUAUUAGACAUAGAGAGGAGUUCAUUCCCUAUGUGGAUGAUUCUGAGCUUUGGAUUGUCACAUUAUUUCAACAAGCAAACAAUCUUCUGAAUGCUCCAUUACUUACU